AUGCAUUUCAUUUUAGAUUUGUUGAAAGAAGAAGGCAAUGAACUGAAUGAAGAUGAGGAGAAACAUCAGUGUAAGAAACCCCAGAAUCUUGUUAUACUAGAAAUCUCUUCUAGUAGUUUGCAGAAGAACAAGAAUUUCUCACCAAAAAGAAAGCAAAGGACAGAAGCAGGCAAGUCUUUCACCUGCCCUCAGUGUGAAAAGAGUUUCAAACAAAAACAUUGUCUUGAGGACCACAUGACAAUUCACACUGGAGAACAACCAUACACCUGCCCUCAGUGUGAAAAGAGUUUCAGAAAAAAACGUCAUCUUAAGGUGCACAUGAUAAUUCACACUGGAGAGCGCCCUUACGCAUGUUCUCAGUGUGGAAAGAGUUUCAAUCGCAAAACAACUCUUGAUGUGCACAUGAGAAUUCAUGCUGAAGAGCGCAAAUUCACAUGUCCUCAGUGUGGAAAGGGUUUCAAGCACAAAUCAGCGCUUGAUGUGCACAUGAGAAUUCAUACUGAAGAGCGCCCAUACACAUGUCCUCAGUGUGGAAAGAGUUUCAAUUGCAAAACAACUCUUGAUGUGCACCUGAGAAUUCAUGCUGAAGUGCGCCGAUUCACAUGUCCUCAAUGUGGAAAGAGUUUCAGAAAAAAGUGUAAUCUAAAGGUGCACAUGAUAAUUCACACUGGAGAGCGCCCUUACGCAUGUUCUCAGUGUGGAAAGAGUUUCAAUCGCAAAACAACUCUUGAUGUGCACAUGAGAAUUCAUGCUGAAGAGCGCAGAUUCACAUGUCCUCAGUGUGGAAAGAGUUUCAAGCACAAAUCAGCGCUUGUGGGGCACAUAAGAAUUCACACUGAAGUGCGUCCAAACACUUGUUCUCAGUGUGGAAAGAGUUUCAAACUCAAAUUGACACUUGUGGAGCACAUGAGAAUUCACACUGAAGAGCGCCCAUACACAUGUUCUCAGUGUGGAAAGAGUUUCAAACAAAAAUCAGCUCUUGGGAUGCACAUGAAAAUUCACUUGGAAGAGCCCCCAUACUCAUGUUCUCAGUGUGGAAAGAGUUUCAAUCGCAAAACAAUUCUUGAGGAGCACAUGAGAAUUCACAACAAAGAGCGCUCAUACACAUGUUCUCAGUGUGGAAAGAGUUACACAAGUAAAUCAAAUCUUGCGAGACAUAUGAAAGUUCACACUGCAGAGCGCCCAUAUGUAUGCCCUCAGUGUGGAAAGAGUUUCAGAGAUAAAUCAAGUCUUGUGAAACAUAUAAGAAUUCACACUGAAGAGCGCCCAUACACGUGUUCUCAUUGUGGAAAGAGUUUCAAACAAAAAUCAGCGCUUGGGGAGCAUGUGAGAAUUCACUCUGAAGAGCGCCCAUACACAUGUUCUCAGUGUGAAAAGAGUUUCAAACAAAAAUCAGCGCUUGGGGAGCACGUGAGAAUUCACUCUGAAGAGCGCCCAUACACAUGUUCUCAGUGUGAAAAGAGUUUCAAACAAAAAUCAGUGCUUUGGGUGCACAUGAAAAUUCACUUGGAAGAGCACCCAUACGCAUGUUCUUAGUGUGGAAAGAGUUACACAAGUAAAUCAAAUCUUGCGAGACAUAUGAAAGUUCACACUGGAGAGCGGCCACACACAUGUCCUCAGUGUGGAAAGAGUUUCAAUCGCAAAGCAAAUCUUAAGGAGCACAUAAAAAUUCACACUGGAUUUGUAGCUCCAACUGUGGUCAUUGAUGACUCAUACAAAGCGUAUUCACUGGUACCUCUUCUCUGAAAGUCAAAAAAGCAGAUGCAGGCAAAACAUAAUCCCAACAGCUUUUGAUAUAUCGUUAUAUACAGAAAUCAAGAACAGUGCUAGUUGAAAUUUCAUGUUCUGAUAUCAAGAAUGAACAUUUCUGUGAGUGAAGACAUCAUUGUUGAGAUAAAAAAAAUCAUGUUCUUACUACCGAAAAUCUGUAUGUGUCUUAUAUCAAAAAUAGUCAUGGUUACUGGUAGAAAUUUAAUUCCUGUUAUCAAUAAUUUUAAGUAGUGAAAACUGAAUUGUUGAUAUCACAAAUUAAUAUUCUGCCAAAUCAAAUUGCUUGACAAGGGUAUUGCAAAAUUCUACUAGUGACCAUGCGAUCACAGAUAUAAAAAUAAUAGUUUUAACUACUCAAAAUUUAAUUUUUUGAUAACAAGAAUUCAUAUUGUUACUAGUAGAACUUCUAUUUCUGAUAUCAGGAAUAAUCAUUUUUACUAGUAAAAAAUCUAAAAGACAUCUGAAGAAUGUAUAUAAUCAAACAAUAUUAACCCCCCCUUGACUUCCAUUGCAUGGACACAAAACACCUGUGAUAUUUCUCAAAAUAUCUUCAUUUGUGUUCCACAGGAGAAAGAAAGUCAUGCAGGUUUCGAAUGAACUACUGAAAUAAAUGAUGCAAUAAUUUUUGGAAAAGUUUAUAACCUAUAUUUUGCUCGCUGAUUCACUUGCAUAUGUUUAACCACACAUAUAUAUAUAUAUAUAUAUAUAUAUAUAUAUAUUUACAAAAUAUUUGAACAAAAAAGUUUAAAAUAACUGGGACAGAUUCAAAUUAGGGUCCAGCAGGGUCUGCGUUUUCAAUUUAAGAACAGCUGACUUAAAUUAGUUUAACUCUUGAGUAGGCUGACUCUCACCCUGCAUCCCAAUUUUCUUACUACCCGUCCUAAAUAGUAUUGGAAAUUAACAUUGGUAUGCCUCAAACAAACAAUAGUAUGAUAUAAUAAAUUGUAGAAAUACUUAAAUGUAAAGAGGAGCUGUAUUUUAAUGCGUCUAACUGUUAAUCACCUUAUUUUCAUGUUUGUUGUAACAAUGUGUGAACUGCUUUGCUACACACCAGAAAAGAAUAUACUUUCUAUAACAAAAACAAUGCAUAAUUUUAGGGCAUAUUCUAAGUAGGCAAAUGGGACACAAUAUGAGUUAAGUGCAUGUACCAUGACUAUGAAAAACCCAUCAAUGAAGCUCAUAUGUUACAAUUCACCAUGGCAACAACACCUGAAGAAAAAAGAGGUCUGCAUGUUUUCCCCACUAGAGGGAAAGAUCCUGCCGGAUCUUGCGGCGCCGCAUGAAGUCGAACAAGCCUAUAGUUUUCAUGUUGACGUCACGCACUUUGGGGAACUCCCCGUCUCUCUCUCUCUGUUAUAUAUUUGGUUUCGCCUAAAUACUGAAUAAUUUUGUGCAAUGAAGUUCACUAACCGACGAGGGGACACGCCUGAGCAAGCGAUCCUUCUACGAAAUCCCGUCCGAGAAAGAAAACACAGAAAGGAGGAAUUUUGUGGAUAUUUGUGUCAUAAACGUGCCUCGGUUCACAGGAACGGGAAACAAUGGCAGCGCACAUAGUACACUCGUAUUUGCAGUGAACACGUCAUCAAAGGUAACCUCACGGGUAUUUUAAUCUUUGUAUUUUUAGCUAUGUGUCAUUUCUUGAUGUAAUUUUCUAAAUUGGAUUGUUGUUGCAGACGAUGAAGCAAUCAAACCAACUCCUGUAUUUAGUUACACUUAGGCUACUAGCUAAAGCUAGCUAAAGUUUUGUGAGGCAGUAGACGUAUAAAGUGAAAAUGCAAUAAUUUGCAAAUCCUUUUGCACCUUUUAUUCGUCCAUUGUGUAAUAAUAUGGCACAGUUUCAUAGACAAGACUUAUCCUAAACCAGGACUAUGCCUUUGUUUGUUAAUUUAGGCUAUUUAAGUCGCUUUUAUUAAAAUGCUGUAGAAAAAAAAUACUGGUGUGCGUCUUGAAACAAAACAAUGAUGCUGACAUAUUCUAAGAUAUAGAAAUGUCCGUGAAACCGGGGCUGAGAGUAUUAAACUUGUGUUUAGACUGAGCUUUAUUGUUUGUCAGUAAAAUUAUAUUAUAAUAAAAUGCAAUAUAAUAUUAAUAUAAUCAUGACGGUAGUAGUGAUAGUUUUUUUUUUUUUUUUACAAAAAAACAUGUAUGUUGCGUGCAAUUCCCUAUAGCCUAUAUUAUAUAUUUGGAAUAUAUAGUUUCAUAUUUUAUUAGGUUCUUUGAUAAGGUUACAAUACGUAGGCCUACGUAGCAACGUAACUUGCGUGAUGUCUCCAAACCAAACACGUCACGAAAGCGCCAAGCAGCUCACGCCGCCAGCCACAACAACAAAACAAACCGAGAAAUAAAAGUGAAGAUGGAAGACGAGGUGCGCGAGAAAUUGAGGUCGGGAAUUUACAUCAUUAAAAGAAAAUAAGGUCAAGCUGCUAAAUCGAAUGUUGGGGGCCGGUUCUCAGAAAUAGUUGCAGCAGGAAACAACAGUAGUAACGUUAUAUCGGCUACGUGAAGUGCAAGUUUCUAUGGUUCAUAAGCGUAUGUUGUUGCAAGUUUACAGGGCGAUGUAAUCUAAUGGCUGUUUCCAAGCACUUUUAGGCUGAAAUAAAGUCUGUUUUCAUUUAUAUUACAAUGCCUAGUAUGUCUAUUUAAUGGUCGCGGGUUGACUAA